AUGUCUGCUGAAUACGAUAACGAGAAUGGUCGUUACGACGACGAGCCUCGCUUCGCCCGCGACCGCAGCGCCUCUCCUCGCGAUGAACCCAGGGGCGAUCGUGCUCGCAGCCGUUCGCCCAACGGACGUGUCGAUGAGCGUCCUCCCAUGGAUUCUCGCAAGCCCGUGGACGAUGACGAGGAGGGUGCCAUCAACCCUGGCUCCAACCUUUUCGUUACUGGCAUUAACCCCCGUCUGACUGAGUCCGAUAUCUCCCGCCUGUUCGAGAAGUACGGCGAUGUCGAGAACUGCUCCAUCAUGGUGGAUCCUCACACCAAGGAGUCUCGUGGCUUCGGCUUCGUCAAGAUGGUUACUGCCGAGCAGGCUGAUGCUGCCAAGGAGGGUCUCCAGGGUGAGGUUAUUGAGGGCCGUACUCUGAGCAUCGAGAAGGCCCGUCGUAGCCGUCCCAGAACCCCUACUCCUGGCAAAUACUUUGGACCCCCCAAGCGUGAAUUCCGUGGACCCGGUGGUGGCCGUGGCCGUGGUGAUCGCUAUGAUGAUCGCCGUGGAUCUUACGGUGGUGGCUGGCGCCGCGGCGGCGGUGGUGGUGGCGGUGACGACUACCGUUAUGGUCGCUACGACUCUUACAGUGAACGCCGGGACUAUGGCGGUGGUGGUGGUGGUGGCCGCGAAUACCGUGAUUACGGUCGUCGUGAGUACCGCGACGACUACGGCUACCGUGGUGGCAUUGAUCGCUAUGCCUCUAGCGGCGGCGGCGGCGGCGGCGGUGGCCGUGAAGAGCGGUACAGUCGCGAGCCUCGCCGUGAUGAUCGUCGUGGCUAUUAUGAUCGUGAUGCUAACCCUCCCAGCUACGGCGACGCCCCUCCUGCCCGUGAACCCUACGCUGGCCGCUCUUAUGAAUCUCGUGGUGGUGAGGACAGAUACAGUGGCAGGUAG